ACUAGCAUAUCCACUGGUACAACAACACCCACAUCAACAGAGACAUUUACAACCACAUCCACCACUACACCAACUACUAUUGUGACACAAACCUUUACAGAGACAGAAACAACAGCUCCAACAACUGUUACAAUAACGCCUACAUCAACAGAAACCCCCUCUACAACUAGUAUAUCCUCUGAAACACCCUCUACAACUAGCAUAUCCACUGGUACAACAACACCCACAUCAACAGAGACAUUUACAACCACAUCCACCACUACACCAACUACUAUUGUGACACAAACCUUUACAGAGACAGAAACAACAGCUCCAACAACUCCCUCUACAACUAGUAUAUCCACUGGUACAACAACGCCCACAUCAACAGAAACACCCUCUACAACUAGUAUAUCCACUGGUACAACAACACCCACAUCAGCAGAAACACCCUCUACAACUAGUAUAUCCACUGGUACAACAAUACCCACAUCAACAGAGACAUUUACAACCACAUCCACCACUACACCAACUACUAUUGUGACACAAACAUUUACAGAGACAGAAACAACAGCUCCAACAACUGUUACAAUAACGCCUACAUCAACAGAAACCCCCUCUUCAACUAGUAUAUCCACUGGUACAACAACACCCACAUCAGUAGAAACACCCUCUACAACUAGUAUAUCCACUGGUACAACAACACCCACAUCAACAGAAACACCCUCUACAACUAGUAUAUCCACUGGUACAACAACACCCACAUCAGCAGAAACACCCUCUACAACUAGUAUAUCCACUGGUACAACAACACCCACAUCAACAGAAACACCCUCUACAACUAGUAUAUCCACUGGUACAACAACACCCACAUCAGCAGAACCACCCUCUACAACUAGUAUAUCCACUGGUUCAGCAGAAACACCCUCUACAACUAGUAUAUCCACUGGUACAACAAUACCCACAUCAACAGAGACAUUUACAACCACAUCCACCACUACACCAACUACUAUUGUGACACAAACAUUUACAGAGACAGAAACAACAGCUCCAACAACUGUUACAAUAACGCCUACAUCAACAGAAACCCCCUCUACAACUAGUAUAUCCACUGGUACAACAACACCCACAUCAACAGAAACACCCUCUACAACUAGUAUAUCCACUGGUACAACAACACCCACAUCAACAGAAACACCCUCUACAACUAGUAUAUCCACUGGUACAACAACACCCACAUCAACAGAAACACCCUCUACAACUAGUAUAUCCACUGGUACAACAACACCCACAUCAACAGAAACACCCUCUACAACUAGUAUAUCCACUGGUACAACAACACCCACAUCAACAGAAACACCCUCUACAACUAGUAUAUCCACUGGUACAACAACACCCACAUCAACAGAAACACCCUCUACAACUAGUAUAUCCACUGGUACAACAACACCCACAUCAACAGAAACACCUUCUACAACUAGUAUAUCCACUGGUACAACAACACCCACAUCAACAGAAACACCUUCUACAACUAGUAUAUCCACUGGUACAACAACACCCACAUCAACAGAAACACCCUCUACAACUAGUAUAUCCACUGGUACAACAACACCCACAUCAACAGAAACACCUUCUACAACUAGUAUAUCCACUGGUACAACAACACCCACAUCAACAGAAACACCCUCUACAACUAGUAUAUCCACUGGUACAACAACACCUACAUCAACAGAAACACCCUCUACAACUAGUAUAUCCACUGGUACAACACCCACAUCAGCAGAAACACCUUCUACAACUAGUAUAUCCACUGGUACAACAACACCCACAUCAACAGAAACACCCUUUACAACUAGUAUAUCCACUGGUACAACAACACCCACAUCAACAGAAACACCCUCUACAACUAGUAUAUCCACUGGUACAACAACACCCACAUCAACAGAAACACCUUCUAUAUCCACUGGUACAACACCCACAUCAGCAGAAACACCUUCUACAACUAGUAUAUCCACUGGU